UUGGGCUGGCUUCUUCUUGCUGCCCAUGAACUGCCCUUGAGCCAACCUCAUGCCUUAAGAUGUCCACCUGGGAGGACUUUGUCCUUGUGGAGACGGAGAUGGUCGAAACAUCCCCGAGAGGCGCCUCUCCGGGGCCCUCGGAGGCUCCGUGCAGUGAAAGGCUCUUGGCCACCUCGCCACAAACCAGAGCUUGCUUCCUCUCCACCUUGACGGCUUCCAUCUGCAGCCAACACGCCGUGGAUCUAGCCCAGCUGCAGCAAGGCCUGAAGCACAUCCAGAAGGACACGAGAGACUUCCAGCAAAAAGUCCUGGGCACCUUGCAGAAGCUGGAGGGGGCCCUCGGCUACUUGAUGGACCUGGUGAGCUCCUUGGAAACCAGGAGCCGUGACGUGGAGCAAAGGCUGCAAGGAGAGGAGGACCGAGGCGCCGCCCGGAGCAAGGCCCUCUCGUUCCUCUUGCUCCGGGAGAAAGAGCUGCGCGAAAAGACCCUGGCCCUGGAAAAGAUGUCCUCCAGGAGGGCGGUCUGGUUCGAGGGCGUGGCAGCUGCACCAUGCUGGACUAAGGAAUAGGGGAGCCCCCGUCCCAAGAAAGCGCUAGGGCCGCCCUUGAAACGUGUGUCUGGGAAUCGAGCCAGAGAAGGACUUUGGUGGAAGAUAAGAGAGGGACGGAAUUAUGAUUAAUCGUCCUAAUAAAAUAUUGACACUGGCA